CAGAUCCCAUCUUCAUUCUGGUGUUCAGAUGUUGUCAGGUGAUGAAACUACACAGACACACAGGUCCCGGCCACCUUGGAAUGUCAUGUUCUUUGGAACUGAUCACUUUGCACUGGAGUCUCUGAAAUUUCUGCACAGAUACAGUAAAACAGAAGAGGCUCUCGUUGGAAGGCUGGAGGUGGUUUCCCUACCGUCUUCAUUGCCGAAAGGAUUUCCAGUAACAAAUUAUGCAAAUGACCAAGGGCUUCCCGUGCACAAGUGGCCGGACACAGGGCAGUGUAACAAGUUUGAUGUGGGAGUAGUGGCUUCGUUCGGGCGACUUCUCAGUGAAGACCUUAUUGUAAAAUUCCCUUAUGGGAUCUUGAACGUACACCCUAGUCUCCUUCCCAGGUGGCGAGGACCAGCUCCCAUAAUGCAUACAAUGCUUAAUGGGGAUGAGGAAACUGGAGUCUCCAUCAUGCAGAUUAGACCAAAGAGGUUUGAUGUAGGUCCUAUAGUGAUGCAGCAGACACUCCCUGUUCCUCCUAUGUGCACUUAUAAGGAGCUGGAAGCAAUGCUGUCUGAACAUGGAGCUGAAAUGCUUGUAUCCGUUUUGAAAAAUCUACCUGAUUGUUUAAGCGUCGCUAAAGACCAGCCAAAAGAAGGUGUAACAUUUGCCCCCAAGGUCUCUGCUGCCGUUAGCUGUGUCAGAUGGGAGGAACAGACUCCAGAGGAAGUCAUGCGUCUAGAACGUGCUGUUGGAUUUGUGAUGCCACUUCAAGCAGUAUGGAAGGGCUCUCCUAUUAAACUGCUCAAUUUCGUAGAAGUCCCCGAUUCAUUGAUCAGUUCAGAUUUUUCCAGAGCCCCGGGAACUAUUAGAUAUCUUCCUGGACCUGAGAUCUUGGUGGUACGAUGCAAGGAUGGCUGGGUUGGAAUCAGAACGGUGAAACUAAAGAAGAACCUAUCAGCUAAGGAUUUUUAUAAUGGUUACCUGCACUCCUCGUUCACACAGAAAUCAGGCAUGUCUAUGGAGGAGUGCCGCUUCACUACACUGUAUGUACCAGGAAAACCUAACAAGGCAAAGUAGAAACCUGCCUUUGUAUGGAACGUGUGACACCGGCUCCAAGGAUGGAAAGUGUGCAUGGAUCA